GUGGUAUGACAGUCCAUAUGAUGGCGUCUGCCUAAAGUUUUGCCUGCGGGCAGCAGGUGGUUUAAGCUAGCCCAGGUGGCUGUAGCAUGGCCGCUUGGCUGGUGCACAGACGGACACACACACACAGUGAGUGGUCAUGUCAUUUUCCAUGUGCCUUGCUGGGGGGGGGGGGUUUGCGCCCCACUAGCAGAGAGCAGCUAUUUUGAAAGUGACCCCUCAUUCAGGCAGCGACUCUGCAGCUGUCAGGAACCAUGACUGAAGAUGACGGAUUCUGUUGUCGUGGAGGGAUACGCCAGACUCAGAGAUGGAAAAAAGUGGAAAACUAGGUGGCUGGUUCUUCGCAAGCCGUCGCCUGUAGCAGACUGCCUCGUGCUGCUGGUUUUUAAAGACAAGUCUGACAAAGCGCAGGGCAACAAGGAGAGAGCCAGUGUCACCUUGGAGGAGAUCUGCGGUCUGGAAGCGGGACAGUGGUAUGAAGGAGUGGCUUUUACCCUGGCCAUCGUCUGCCUGAACCAGGCUGCUCUGCUGGGCUUUGACAGCAAGGAGGCCCUGCAGGCGUGGGACGCCCGCUUGCGUUACAGCCUUGGGGAAGUUCACAGAUUCAAUGUCGGAGUCUUACCAGGAACCAAGUUGGAGAGCGGACCUGCAACUCUUCAUUUGUGCAACAACUUACUGGCUCUCGCCCGAGACGUCCCUCCAGUUAUCAUCGGCCACUGGAACCUUCCAGACCUGCGCAGAUAUGGGCCUGUACCCAAUGGAUUUGUGUUCGAGGGAGGAACAAGAUGUGGUUACUGGGCUGGUGUUUUUUUGCUGGCGUCUGCUGAGAGCGAGCAGAUCAGCUUUCUAUUCGACUGUAUCGUCAGAGGCAUCUCCCCCACCAGAGGCCCUUUUGGACUGCGGCCAAUUUUGCCAGACCCCAGCGCCAGUCAGACGCAUUCGGAGGAGAGGCUGAACCACGAGGCCCAGGAGCUUGAGAAACGGCUGAGCAUGCUCUCUCACAGAAGCAGUACAGCCUCGUCCUCGUACUGCCCGUCUGCUGGGGGAGACGACCGCAGCAUAUCUGGUUCCUCCGACACGUCAGACACCAGCCAGUCGGACUGCAGCAUAGGCAGCCGGCUGGCCAUUUGGACCGAACCGGCCGCCAACCCAUCUGAAAGCAUCGGCCACGCGGGUACCAAAGGGACGAUCCAGAGCUUCGAGAAGCUUUCCGUCAACCAGGGAGGCGGUAACCGGCCUGUUGCCAAGCCCCCCAGGCAGCUUCAGGAGAUCGGCCGCCAGAGCUCGUCUGACAGUGGUAUCGCCACCGGCAGCCAUUCCUCUUACUCUGGAAGUUUCUCCUCAUAUACAGGCAGCUUGGACAUUACUCCUGGGGAGGACUUUGGUUCUGUUUUCAGCUUGCCUCCCCACCUGGCUCAAGACCUGAGCCCCUGUUCUUGCCUCACUGUCCCUGGCCAUGAGUACCAGGUACCAACUUCACUUAGGUAUCUCUAUGACACUCCCAGAAGUCUGUUACAGGAGGGAGGUGAACCCUCCUCCCGAACUAAGGACACUCGUGCCUCUUCAGACCUCACAACGGACUCAGCAAAGCGGGAUAUACCCUCUACUGUGGCCUGUGAGGGUCACUCUGAAAGACAGCCAAUGAGUGAACACUUACAAGGCCCCUCAGAGGAGGGUAAGAAAACCAGGGUGGCGCCCUCUAGUGAACACCCAGACUCCUGUCACAUCUGCAGCUCUGUCUCCAAAACCAUUGUGACCAUCUGCUCAGUGUGCGGUGGAUUUAAGGGGACACCGCAUGUCGCUGCAAGUGGUUCAGGGAUACCUGCCAUACCUGAACAUCGUAUUUUCAAUCCAGCAGAUCAAAGUGUUGACAAAUCGCCAUGCAGACCCAACAUUGCCUGUAAAUACAAUAUUGCAGUGAAGAAAAUUCUGGAGAAAUCAUGUUCCUCCGCUGGCUCCGGAAGCAUCCACAGCUCAGGGAAUCCAACAGUGAGGACAAAUGAGGAUUCACUGCUGCCAAAAAAGGGAAGAGAGAAAUUAGCCAGUCUCUUGGCUGACUUGUUAGGCUUUCCAAGCACAGAUAGGCAGCCAGAGGCAAAGACUAACAGACUGAAUGUGUAUGAGUCAAUGAGCCCUCAAUUUGGAGAGGACCUCAGAUCUGCACCAAGUGGCAUCUUCCUACCAUCAGAAGUUUCACAGCAAGACAGAAGAGCUGUAAUUUAUGAAAACUGUUUCAAGUGUCAAAGAGAGCACUGCCACCCUCCUCCACGGAUCACACCUGCUGAAAUGUAUCACAACAGGAACACUUCCGCUUUACAAACCUUUCCAGGAGGGCUGGGCCUGAGGAGAAGACAAGUACAUGAAGUUCCUGCUAAUGGGGAGGUGCUCUGUCAAGUUGGCGGUGAUGGAUCACAGAGUGUGGACGGGCAGUGUCAGUAUGAAGAGAUGAAUGGUUGGACAGUGACUAGUGAAGACAAAAGGCUUAAUAGUAAAGAGGAAAGACUCCGAGCUGAUCCUGCUUAUGAGAUCAUGGAGAGUCGGGCGCCGGAGAGGAACUCAGAGGCGGAAGACAAAAGCAAGUACGAGCCAAUGAGCAGCUGUGGUCAGCAGAGGAUGUUUCAAGAGACUGAAGGGGCAGUGUUCAUUUUCCCCCCAGAGGCACCGCUCCCUGAAAGGCCUCGCAGUGAAGGAGCGACUUACGUGAAUAUUCCUGUUAGUCCCACAUCUAAGAAGCAGCUCAACUACAUGGAGCUGGAGCUGCAGGAACCAGGUCCUGGCACCCGAGGGACUGGCGCACAUCUCCCGCCUCAGCGAAAGAGCUCUACCAAAUACGCCCAGAUUGACAUCACCGCUACGGAGACGGCCCACAAAGUGGGCACACAGCACGCCCUGGGUCGGCAGGAGGGCCUGCACUCUCUGGAACUGAGAAGAAAGGGAACGCCGCAUUGACCUCUUCAUCACAGGACUGUUGAUCUCAGCUGGAUGUUUUUGCUCAAGACCAGCCUACGACAUCAAACUGUAAAGUUUGUGAGAAACAUGGCUCAGAUUUUUUUUUUUUUUUUUGGAAAUUGUUUCAUCCAGUUGUUUUCCAAGCAUCCAUUGCUUCUCAGAUUGAGAUUGUCAUCUUAGAACAA